UCCAGUUCAGCCUUGGGCUCGAUAUUCUGUAACCGCGAUUUUCAAAAUAAACAACGGGAUAACGUGAUUCUGGUGGCUAAGAACAUGAGUUAUCUUGAGUCUGAAACAGCGCAUCUUAAUUCAAAAUUUCGUUAUUAAAUUCCAAUAUUAUAAAUGUUAAUGAUGCUAUAAUUAUUAAAAAUAGUUCCUGUUAAAAAUGUCCGAUUUGUUACAAGCAAUAUUUGAAUGUGAUCUUGGGAUCUUAAUAAACUUUUUAAAUGGUGGUGAAAAUGUGAACUGCAAAGUUCCAGGAACAGAAGGGUGCACAAUCCUUCACAUUGUUGUAGGCAUGAAGAAACAUGCACGUAAAGAUGAGUUGCUCUCUUACUUGCUUGAAAUGGGUGCUGAUCCUAAUGCUCGCUCAAAGGAAGAUCUGACGCCUGUUCACAUUGCAUCCAUGUGGAAUAACUAUACAGAACUUGAAAAGCUUCUGCAAAAUAAAGGGAACCCUUGGCUUGUGGACAAUGAGAACAAGAAUGCAUUUGAUUUAGCAGCUGAUCACCAUUCUUAUGAAUCAUAUCAAAUUCUAAAUAGGUACCAUUCUGAGAACAAACUAAAUUUUAGAUCUGUUGCAGACAAGACUCAAAACCAGUUGAAUAACAGCACUGUUUUCCACACUGUUGAUGAACAUUUCUCUUUCCUGUUUUCCAACAGUAAUGAGGAUGAGGAAAGCCGUUCUUAUCUUUUGAAUGUAAGUAAAAUUCUGAGAAAAAAUAAGUUUCUAGAAAAUAAAGUUGAAAGGAAUGUUAAUUCCUCCCAAAAUGAAAAUUGUAGAUUAUUGGACAAGGCUGUGCUUUUUUCAGAAAGUGGAGAUUCUAGUACUACUAGUCAUUCUGAAAAAAGUAAUGUCACAGUUAUUGAGACGGACAACUUAAGUGGCAUUUCUUUAGUUGAAGAAGAUUCUCUAGUACUGCCAGCUAACUUUGGAAAUGAUUCUUCGAAUUUUGUAAUUAAUGAUUGGAAAUCUUGCAGCAUCUCAUCGUAUCUCAGCAAUUCAGAACUUAAAUUAGAUGACAGGAUCACUAAUGAUCCAAUAUGUGGUUGGACUUCUUGUAAAUCAGACUUCAGUUUUAUACCUGAUGAUUCUGUUGUAAUUUCAAACUCUUUUAAGGAACUUAGCAAUCUGGAAAUUUAUCAGGAGCUUCUCAAAUUGGGUGAUAUGCCAGGCCCCAUAAGUGAUCAUACACGCGAUCUGUAUUUGAAACGCCUGUUCAAGAUUAAAAGUGGUAUCUAUAUUCUGCCUUUAAGUGAACCAAAGUAUUGUUCUGAGAUACAAAAGUUUCUAGAUGGCAAAUUAAACAUGAGCAAGAUCCAUCUUCUCAGGAAUGACAUUUCUGCAGAGUUUAACGAUUCCAAGACAAAGACUGAAUGGCGAGAAGGAAACCAGAAAUGUUGCUUCAAUUACUUCCUUCUGGAUCCAAGAGUUACUCAGAAUUUGCCAGCACGGCACGCUCAGCUUACGUAUCAGGAAACAUUUCAAACUUUCAUUGAUGCCAUCUUUUAUGUGGGCAAAGGAACUAAAGGACGGCCUUACAGUCACUUCUGGGAUGCAGUCAAAGCUCUAGCUGGUUUACACUCUAGAUCUGAUAAAAUCGAUCACAUAUUAGAUAUAUGGAAUGCUGGCUUUGGAGUUAUUUCUCUCCAUUGUUUCAAUAAUUGUAUACCGGUGGAAGCUUACACUCAAGAGGCAUGUAUAAUUGAAGCUCUAGGCUUGAAGAAUCUCACUAAUGUGAAAUCUGGUGACUAUUAUGGCCAAAGCACUAAAUGGAAGAAGACACUGAAGCGUCAAGUUGGAAUUUUAUUUUUAAAUAAGGCUCUUCAAAUCUACCUAAAUGAGGGAGAGAAGCAGAUCAAAGCGAAAGAUCUCAGGAAAAAGUAAAAUUACCUAUGCAAUGGGUAAUCAUACUACAAAGUGCAAUACAACACCGCUAAUUUAAAAUCACAAUAAUGUAAAAGAGGGCAUAGAGAUUUUGUUGAAGAUUUCAUGGGAGACAUAAUUUUAAAUUUGAACUUAGUUUUAUUUUCCCAUUGUUACAUCUUGUUGUUAUUCUACGACUCAUAUUUUUAACAUGUUAAACGUUAACUUAUGUUAAAACGUAACGAUACCAGGGUUGCUACUCCACCGGGAAAA